AUGAAAAGAGCCGGCGAUUCUGCAAUGAAUGAGGCAAAAAAAUCGAAAGGUAUUGCAAAAGUGUCAUUGUAUUCUAGAAAAAAUGAAUUUUAUCGUUAUCCAGACGCUGAUUUAUUCGGAAGACCACUCAAAAAGACUGGAACAUGGGAAUCGAAGGUUUUUCUGGAAAAAUCACGAAAGAAAAAUACUAUUUAUUCCAGGACGACGGAGAUUUGAUAAUUUUCACGCACAACGAUGUCGAGGGAAAAGAGAAAAUCGCCGCUUUUGAUAUGGGUAAAAAAUUAAAGUUUUGAGUUUUAUCAGCCAGAUGUGCAUUUUCAGACGGUACACUAAUCACAACAAAGUCUGGAAAAGUGUUUCCGACUGAUUGCAGCGAUUGGAAACUUCUCUAUGAUCACAUUGGCGCGGUCCUCAAAAAAUGGCAUUCGGAUGGCUACAAAAUCGUCAUUUUUACCAAUCAGAAAGGAAUUCAAGUGGGAAAAGUGGACCGAAAUGAGUUCAAAAAGAAAAUCGAAGCAAUCGUCGUCAAAAUAGGCGUUCCCAUUCAGGCAUUCGUGUCGGUGGCCGGCGGAAUUUAUAGGUUGAGCUUUUCAAAUGAAUGAAUUGAAAAAGUGAACGUUCCAGAAAGCCCUGCAUCGGAAUGUGGGAAGAAUUGAAGCAAAAGAACGACGGCGUCGAAAUCAACGUAUCCGAGAGUGUGUUCGUCGGCGACGCGGCCGGAAGACACAAAACGAAGACGCGAUCGAAGAAGGAUCACUCGUUCGCUGAUCGCUUGUUCGCCGCGAACGUAGGCGUCGAAUUCAAAACGCCCGAGCAGUUUUUCGGGAAAUCGGCGGCCGAUGAACCAUGGGGACCGCCCGCUUUCAACCCGAAAGACCUCUUCACAGAGGGAAUCGAGCAGUUUGAGCCGAAAGGUUUGCGAAAGACAACGAUAAUAUUUAGAGCAUAGGGAAUUGCAGAUGCUCAUUUGAAGAAGAAGGGCGUAGAGAUUGUGGUGAUGGUCGGGUUUCCGGGAUCGGGGAAGUCGACGGUGGCGAAAAUGUUCGCGGAUGAGCACAAGUAUAAGGUAGAGAAUGUGAGAGGAAUCGUAAAAAGCCGUCUCCUGUUGCAGCUGGUAAGCCGCGAUAACCUGGGAUCGUGGGAGAAGUGCGUCGCCACGACGCGUCAGCAUCUCCGCUCCGGCCAUUCGGUCGUCGUCGACAACACGUCGCCGGACGUCGAAUCCCGAAAACGAUAUGUCGACGUGGCGAAGGAGCUCAGCGUGCCGUGCCGUUGUUUCGUGAUGCAGUGCAGUUUGGAGCACGCGCAGCACAACAUCCGCUUCCGGAAACUGACGAACGAGAACGCGUUGGACGUGCCGACGAUGGCGUUGCGAAUACACAAGAGCAAGUUCGUGGAGCCGACGGAGCAGGAGGGAUUCGAGCAGAUUGUCAAAGUGAACUUCCGACCGAGAUUCGAGCAGAAAGAGCAUGAAAAACUAUACAGAAUGUAUCUCAUCGAUUGAAUUUGUGCAAUAAACUGUGACGUUGCCCGUGAACCGAUUCCAUUUGCAUUCGUAAUCAUUCCGCCCCGCCACGCGGCGCCAUCGCCCCGACCCUCUCCAAAUAUUGUAUCUCUGCCCCAGAUCUUUGUCUAUAAAAGGGAACUAUCGACGCAAAAGCUCCGCAUAACUCUUCUUACUCGACGCGAGUUCGAAUACUUCAGGUAAGUCAUUUUUACCAUUUCCAGCCAAAAGAGACCGUUUUACAGCACUCGGUGCAGCCAAUCCGGUGAACAUCAAUUGAUUUUGAAAUGGCCGACGGACAACCUUCCGCUCCGAUCGAGGGCGCCACCGCCCCGAUUCCCGCCGACUCGAUCGCCCAGCAGCCGCCCGGCGACCCGGCCUCUGCUUCCGGAGCGCCGCCCGCCGAAGCCGGAGGAGCCCCGCCCGGCGGAUCCCCCGGAGGCGACGCGUCGAUCGCAUUCGUGACGAAGACGUACGCGAACUACGUGCAGGACAUUCAGCAGGCGGCCGAGGGACUCCGUCAACGCGCGCUUGUGCUUCAGCAGGAAGGCCCCGCUCAACUGCAGCAGCUCCAAUCGCAGAUCCAACCGCAGACGCAGGAGAUCGUGUCGGCGCUCCAGGAGAUGCAGUCGCCGAUCGGACUGCCCACCUCGUCGGUCGUCGAGAUCUUCGGCUGGUCGUCGAUCCUGCUGCUCUCGGCCGGCAUCUCCAGCAUCCUCGGAGGCUACGUUCUCUCGCCAAUCCUCGGCAUCUUCAUCGGCCGGCUCGGCGCCGCGCUCCUUGCCUCGCUGAUCCUGCCCGCGACCGCCGCCUACUACCUGAACGGAAACGACGGAUCGACGGCGGAGACGCGCUUCCAGCUGCUUCUCCUGUCGAUCGUGCAGGGAGGACUGCUCGGACACGCCAUCUCGUACACGUACAUCUCGGGACAACCACUCGGAUUCAUCACCCCGCUCGUCAUCGCCUUCGCCUAUCCGCUCGUCGCCGGGCAGGUUCGUCUCUUUUUUGCUCCCUUCUUUUUCCAUUUCCUUUGUUUUCAGGUCGGAACCGCGCACGCACCACUGCUCGGAGGAUCGGUCGGAGCCGCGUUCGCCGUCCAAUCGGUGCUUGGCCUCGUCUCGGGAUCCUUCUCGCUUAGCUACUUGCUCCUCGCCGCGUUCUACAGCGCCUCCUCGGCCGGACUCCUCCAGAUCGCCUUCCGUCACCUGAACGCGCCCUCGCGCAUCCACCUCUACCAGAUCCUGCUCGUCGGCUCGUUCCUUUUCUCGAAGGCGCUCGUCUACGGAGUGUUCGGAUCGGCCGAAGCUCCCAAACUAUCGAACUGA